AUGUUUCUAGGGGGCGUGGCCCACCGGCGGCUCCUCCUCUGGCGGCUCCUCCUCCCGCUCCUGCAGCUCGUCUGGGUCUGGGCGCCCGGCGUGAGCGUCCUCCAGCCCCCGGCUCCGCCCUCGGCCACGCCUCCGGCCACGCCCCCGGCCACGCCCACGUGCCUCCGGGUCCGCCUGCCCACCCUCGUCACGCCCCACCAUGCGUCCUCGUCCACGCCCACCCAAGUGCCUCAGAACAAGUUCGUCUCCGUCGGGGUGGCCGGCGGCAACCGCUACGUCGUCGUCCUCCACCGGGUCCAGAACCUGACCAGCCUCUUCGUGCCCGCCCUCAACAGGUUCUCCUACUCCUCCAGCAUCGCCGAGAUCGGAGUCUGGCUCCCCCUUUCCGGAUGCUACUCCAAAAGAUGGAUGUACCUCAACACCUUCGAGUCUCGCAAUAUUCCCUCUGAUACGGAAGUCGGUGCCAAAUCAGUGUCAUGUAUCAGUCUCCCCGGCGUGGGAUUGAACCAGGAGAACUACCGAUGCGAGUGCGUUCCCGGCUACCAGCCCUACGCCCUCGAGACCACCGCUAACCUCACCAUCCAGCUCACCUCCUUCUACAGAUGUGCUCCUGAAUGCAUGACCGACGAGCUAUGCUCUUCGAUGUUCUCAGAAACGCUGAUUCGGGCACUAAUCAUCAGUGUUCAAGUAGGAUGCAUGUGUUUUACAGUUAUCGUAGCAAUAAUCAUCUUCAAGAAGCGAAAAUGCAAGACGAUAGCUACCGGUAUGUGGACCGUCCUAGAAAUGAUCUUACUUGGAAUAUUUAUCCUAUAUUUUUCUGUAAUUGUUUACGUCUUCAAGCCUUCGACUGAGCGCUGUAUCUUGGAGCCGUGGGGUCGAGAGCUUGGCUUCGUCGUCUGCUAUGGUGCUAUUGUUCUUAAGCUCUACAGGAUUUUGAUGGAAUUCCGGACGCGGAAAGCCCGUCGAUGGGUCGUCAGAGACAAAGACUUGCUGACCUACUUGCUGGGCAUGGUCGUCGUGGUGGUGGCCUACCUCGCGGCGUGGACCGUUUCCGUCCUCAACUUCCUCCAGGAGGGCUUCUCCAUCCUCAUCCGCGUUCACGCCUUCCCCAACCCCGAGAUCGUCGCCUGCAAACCGCUCUGGUGGGACCAUGUAACUCAGAUAGCGGAGCUGAUGUUCCUGCUAUUCGGGCUGCAGUUGGGCUACGCGGCCCGCAACGCUUCGGUGCAGUUCAACGAGAGGACGUUCCUGAGCGGGGCCGUCUUCGUGGAGAUCCUCUUCAGCUCGGUGUUCUACGUCAUCCGGAUCCUCUACUGGUCCGCCAUGAGCCCCACCAACGUACUCGUCGUUGCCUUCAUCCGCUCCCAGCUCACCAACUCACUCGUCCUCCUUCUCAUCUUCUCGCCCAAGUUUUGGUACCAGCAAAAGCAGACGCGGGACUUUCUGGAGCACUCGCUGAACCACGAGCUGUCUGACGUCAUCAAGGCGGACAAAGACGGGAUCCUAUUCACGGAAGUGGAAGUGACGGAAAUCAGCAUAUCGGAAAUGAAUCCGGAUGAUAUAAAGACGGAGCUAAAAAGAGUCUACACGCAGCUAGAAGUAUUGAAAAAUAAAACCUUGCGCUACAACAAUCCUCACAUUUCGAAGAAACGUGGUGGCCGUAAAGUGGCCCAUCGAAGAUUUUCCUUGCAGACCCUGUUGCGGAACCGGUCGUUCCGGUUUGGACGCGGGGUGGGCGAGCACAGCGAUGGCUGCGAGGUGGAGGUCUCGCGGACGCCCGAGGAAUCAGUGUGCAGCAUCGAGGGCCAGUCCUGCGCCAUCUACUACGACCCUCCGUCGGCGCUCAGCGAAGGUAUGGCCUACUCCAACCCCAGGGAGCUCCCCAAACGAGCCAAGCAGCACGAACUCACCGUCUAGGCCCCGAGGCGCCCACUCCAAUCUAACGCCCUCACGCCUCGAUCCCAGCAACAUUCUCGCACCACUGCGUUGCGGGUUGCGUCGUUUGGAACUACAGGCGCUUUCUCGGGUCCGGGGCGAGGGAUUCCAUAUUCAGCGUUCUUACAAGGCCCAAGAUGAGUCGGAUGAUUCUGAAGUACGAGGUACCCCGUUCGACAACCCUCACGCUUUGAUGAUUUGUGCGGUAACACAUUUUUUAUGCUGCGUUGCCGGUUGCGUUGUCCGGAUUUGCAGGCGUUAUCUCCGAUCCGAAGCAAGGAAUUCCAAACUCAGCGUUCUUUCAAAGUCUGGAAUAAUUUAGCAGAUUUUGAAAGGCAAGAGACCCCUUUGAACCCUGACAGUUUGAUCUGGGUAACGUGUUUUCUCCACUGCGUUGUUGGUUGCGUCGGCUGGAACUGUCAGCGCUCUUUCGGAUCCAGAGCAAGAUGUUCCUUCCUCGGGUGCAUAAGGAGAUAUCUACGUUUAGCGUCUGCGGAAAAGUCAGAACGUCUUGAAAUGCAAGAAAUUGCUUCUGAAUGUUCUGAAGCUGAUCCCGAGAACGUCUGCGCAUCGCACUACGUUCUGAGUUGCGGAUUCUAAGCCCACGCUUUCGUGCUUUGGAAAAACGCCGUCUGAACAUUCGAGAGUUGCCCAGUUUUUUGAGGAAAACUAUGAAUAUGUUUCUUUACAAUUUGCAGGAACUUUCGGUGAAAUCGGAGACAAAAUUAUCUGAAAAAUUGGCAGAAAAAAAUUCCUUAGUUUACCAAGAAUUCGUGUUUUAGUUAAGGAAAUUUCGCAGCGUUUGAAGGCUCAUACGGCAUUUUUCCUUAGGACGGCAGCACAGGAUCUCAUAUUAGGACCCGGGGCAUGAAAACUGAACCCGGGUGCAAAUAUAACCGGAAAUCCACGCUCAGAAUCUUUUCAAAAUCUCCAAAAAGUCGGAAGAUGUUGAAACCUAAGAAACCCAUUUCAAGCAGCUGUCAACACGAUUUUGUGUCAUAUUCAUGGUCGUUCUUUAGACUUUACGACCUCCUUAAGCCAUUACAAUAACGCUGUUUGAGAACGUCUGAACGUUAAGUAACAACUAUGAAUAUGACCCUUAGUUGAAAAGAACCUUUUUCAUUUUUACGAGAAGUCUUUGAAGUAAAUGUAAUUUGCAAGAAAGACACAUGACUGACUUGACUGUAUGAGAUAGCUCAUUGUUGUUAUUUAUUGACCGAAAGCAUUGUAUGUCGAUGAUGAAGCUCUUAAACCACGUAUCUCGUUUGGAAUUGUUUUAAAUCUCCGCUUUUAUUUUAAUUUUUUUAAGGUGAGGAAACCUACAUAUUUCUUUGAAGAUUCCACAAAAUUUUCCUCGCACAAAGAAGAAAAUAAUGACAGUUUUUUAGAAUUGCCUGACAGUGGCGUGGCGUGCUUUACGACACAUUGAUUCAUUUGCCAUUUAAACCCAUGAAAAAGGAUCGAUAAGCUGAGUGUUCGCAACGAACAGCUAAAUAAUCGAUUCUUUACCAUAGCUUUAAACGGGAAAAUAUCGAUAAUCGAUCAUUCACGCCUCGCCAUUGUUGACAGCAACAGACUUUCAGACUUUCAGACUUUCCGUCAUACUUUAUUUGAAAACUACAGAGUUUUCCAAAAAGUAUGACAGAAAGUCUGCAACACCGCAGACCGAGAUACGUGGUUUGGAAGUUCCACCGUCGAUGUUUAUUUUAAUGUUGAAAUAUCCUAAGUUGCGUUUUCAUUUCCUUUCUUCAUCCAAAAGAAAUCUGCUAGUUUAUAGACUUGAAAGUGACGGUCACAUGUUCUGAUGCUUAAGGAACUUUUUUGAGAACAUCAUAAACAAUUCCUCUUGCAGCUUUUUCAUUGUACCUAGGUGAAAAUUUUUUACGCGGAUUUCUGACAAACAUCUUUUGAAUUAUUAAGAAGGAUCGUUUUCAAGAACUUCAAACAUCUGCGUUCAUAAUAUUGUUUAGUGCCUUUAAUGAUACGAGUAUUGAUUACUGGUCUUGCAGGAUUGCAAUGUAUGGUAUGCCUUUGUAUGUUUGCUUUGCAACAAAAGUUUUAUCCAUGAAAUGCUAUGCUUUUUGUAAAAAUAAUCCUAGGUGAGGUAAAGCUGUACAAUUUUAGGAUUUUCUCUGUUUUUAGUCAUGAGAAAACGGAAGCUUAUGGGUUCAUGGCUGCCGAGUCUGGAACUACAUACAAAAAUUUUCCUUCAACACAAAAACUGAAAUUUUUAAAUGGUCUUAACCUCUUCUCUCUUUUGAUUUUUAUGGAUAAAACUUAAAUCUAAAAUCGGAUUUUAAACCUUCAUCAAGAAUAAAAUAUAGCAGAAUUUGGUUGAAUAUUUUCUUCAAUGCUUUUGCCAAGUCAAAUUUAACUUAAAACUUACAAAAAGCGCGCUUUAAAAUGGAAAAAAAUAGGUUUCAAGGUUCUGUCACUGCAGCCUGUGAUAUGUGAGGUUGAAAAUUUACUGACAUAAAUUAGGAAAUAUGCUUGUUAUCUUGUAUAAUACGUGUCUGCAAAUUUUAAAAUAUGUACAGAAAAACAUGUGAGCGAAAUCUCGACUUAUAUGCCACCCGAAAUCCACUGAAUAUUUCCGGGUAAUGAUGUAAAUAAUAAUUGUUUUAUUUUCUGAAUCAAA